AGAUAUUUCUGGCUCAAAAAUCCAGCUGCUAAGGUAAGAGUUCAGCUUUUGUCAAAUAUGGGUGCCUUAUUUGGUUUCGAUCGGAGGAAGAUGGCGGCGCUCUCGCGUGAAUCCAAAAGCUUGAUCACAUGAGGUUUGAUUUUGACUUUGUUGUUCUUCCAUUCCUAUCGCGAUACUAUUAGAGGCCAAUUGUGUUAGCAUGUCUUCCGAUUAAGCUCUUCUUUUGGGUCUUUUGUUUCCUAAGUCUUCAUUUUGUACUGACCAUCUAACCUAAGUCACGAAAGGCCAUCGAUUUCGACAUCGAUAUGAUAUCGUUGAAUCUUCUUUACGCUUACUUUUUCUUAUCCUUUCCAUGUUUUUAGCGAUCAUAAGCUGUCACUUUCAAAACUUGUCGUUGUGCGUUGUUUCGACCUGAUAGACCACUGAGGAAGUGACUUUUGUUGGGCUAAAAGGUGCUCUUUAAGUCGCGGUUGUUUUGCAUUGGAUUGUGAUCGAUGUGAUUAUUUAUACAAUCAACUUUCAAUUGACACGCCUUCCCUGCUGAGUAUUGCGAGUUCCAUCUAUUUUUAAAUUUAUCCUUUUUUCGAGAGAUUUGUUUGCCUAUGACAGGAAUAAGUAAAUUAAGGUUCAAUUGUUUGUUUUGUGUUGAUGACAAGUGAACUUUUGUCCCAUUGAUUUAGCAAAUUGGGCUUUAAAGUAAGCUUAGGUGAGUGCCGAAAAAUGUCGAUUAAACCAUACCACUAUGAUGGUAAGAAUUGUUAAAAAUGCGUUUACUGUGCUUUUACCCGGAUGAUCUUCCAGUUAAUUACUAAACUUGAACAUGUGAAAUCACAACUAAAACUCACUGAAACUGCAACAAUAAUUAUUUAUAUAUAGCAUAUACAUUUUUUUUCUGUGGUUUCCUUAAUAUUUUGAUGUGCUUUGGCAAAUUAGAUGACAGACAUACCUCCUAACAGACAUAUGUAUUAUAUGCUGGCUUUUGUAGUAGGUUUUUCCAUGUAAGCUUAUGCAGGAAGCUACACUUCAACAUAUUCAGCUGAGUGAGGCCCUGUCAUGUAAACUGUUUUCACUCCCUUGUCGUAAGGAAGUAACCCAGAAUUAAAGUAACAAUAAUUUCAUAGCCCAUUUUGCCAUGUGGUAUUUGGCUUUUGCCCUCACGGAUGCAAUUUUCUUGUGUAUAAUGCAUCUUCCCAGGGUGAAAUGUCUACUGGAAAUUUCUAUCAAUACAUUGUUAUAGUAGUAAACAGACAUUACCAUAUUUCCUUGAAAAAUAGCCAGGGGCGAUUAUUUCUUUUUUCACCCUAAAAGGGAACGAUUAUUUGAGGGAGGUGAUUGUUUCAAAUAUUGCUCACUAGAAGUUGUGCCCUAAAUAUUAUGUUCUAUUUUCCCAUUAAAUCAAAAAAAUAAUCACAUCAAAUAAACUGAACAUUGGCAUUGAAAGUGUUCCAAAUUUGGUUCCUUGAUUACGUUAUGUCUUCGGUGUCAGAGCUUGAAUUGUCACUGAUCAGUUUUGCUGGAUCACACUCCAUUUUAGUUUACCGCUAUGGAUAUCCCUAGCAGGUAACCUAGUAUGGGUGGGAGGUGGGGGCGAUUAUUCCACCGAGGUGAUUAAUGGAGGGAUGGCUAUUAUUGGAGGAAAUACGGUACUUCUAUUAGAUGAAAGAGUAUCUUAAGUGGCAUAAAUAUUGGGUAACAUUUGCUUUUAUGCAUCAGUCAUUUCUAGCUCAGGGCUCAAAGUUUAAAUUUGAGUUUGGGAGCACUUGUGCUACCACAUGUAAAAUUUUAGGCACACUGCCGAAAUGUUAGGUGCACAGCUGAAAAUUUUAGGAGCACAGCUUAUAAUGUUGGGAGCAUCUAUUUCAAAAGAAAAAGUAAAAAGCCUGACAGUGCCACAUUUAUUUGUCAUCUUCAGUUUGUUACUUUUACUUCAGUCCGGUGAUUGAUAAAACACAGCCGAUUUGCUACGCAGUAAUACCAUUGUGAUUUUUAAUACUAAUUUCUCUUUUUGACAGUACAGUUAUGACUAAUGAAAACUUACACUUGAAAAACAAUUCAAAACUGACAACAAUGAAUGUGUCGAACGAGAAUGAAAAUCAAUCUUUAAUGAAUUUGUUAAAUGUGCAAUGGCUUACAUGUAACUGGAAUACAACUUAAAAAACUUUAUUACCUGGAAAAAAGGCUCCUAAUCCGCACUGUUUUUGUUUUGAAUGACGUUAAAACUGAACGUUCGACAUGAUCGUCCAUUGCGCAAAAAGUACGUGUUUCGUUUGUAGCAUAUAUUUGCAUGUGUCAGUGGUGUUUAUUACAAAACAGAAGAGUCUGGGGUGGAGUAAAACAUCGAAACGAGAAAGAACGUUCGAGUUCGUAGAAUCCAUUGGGAGAAAAGACCAAUUAAACAUAGACCGUCUUUCUAGUUUGAGUUUGUAAGUAUAGUCGGAAGUAAGUCAGUCGCACUGUGCUUUGGGUUUUACGGCACACAGGUGCGAUUACACAUGAACUUUUAGGCGCACAACCAAAAAUCAAGUCGCAUAUGCGACCAGUUAGUGGCUAACUUUGAGCCCUGUAGCUGCACCCAUGCCCUUCUCGGGCCAACCCUUUUCAUUAGCAUAUUUUUGCCUUGGAUGGCAAAUUCCUAGGGGUUGGGACACUUGAGCUGCCAAAUGCCCCACAGUGGGGACAAAAAAAUGAGGGCAAAUGUCCCAUCCUCAAUCAACAUUGCAGCAGUUUUCAUUGAUCACACAAUCAAGUAGUGCCACUUACAGCAUAUUUAAAACUGCAAUUUUUCAUUUCAGUCCUUCGUAAUACAGCACUAUUCUAAGACUUCAUGCACGAUGACAUCACUUCAUGAUUCUUAUUUUUUUGUUGUUUUGUAUCUUGCUUGAAAUACAGAGUUUGUUAGCAAUGAUAAAUCAACAUUAAAUUAAAAAUGUGCUAUAAGGUUAUCUGUUCUGAAUAGUUUAAUUAUAUGAAAGGACAUUCAUAUCGAUUUACACGCAAAUACACCCAAAAAACACGUGUAAAAUUUAACAUGAACAAAAGAAAUCGUAAGAUGCUGAUCGAUCACAGUCUCUUCACAUUUAAAUUUCGGUAGGAACUAACACGUCUCGGUUUAAUAUGGAAAUAAUUUUGAAUCAAUUUCAUGUUUUUCACAUUCAAAACGGCUUUAUGAAAGGAUCUUUUUGUAAGUUAGAACUAAAAGAAAAAUUGCAGACUAAUUAUUAUUCAUACCCUGUAGUCAGCAGUGUACUUUGUGUUUUCCUUUAGUUUGUCAUUGCGUGAGUUGCAUGACCAUUUGUUCGGCCAAAUCAAAUCAAAGGCAAAUUUUUGCUGGAUGUUCAUUCCAAAACAUUAAAGUUUAACCCAACUGUAGAUACAUGUUUUUAAAGGUUAACUACAGCUUAUGGAUUAAUAAUGUCGCUAAUUCCUCUGCGGCAUGAGCUGAAGUUGAAUGUGGGAUGCUUUUAAAAAUACAGCAUUCCACAUAAGCCUACAUGCAUAGUUCCCACUGUCGCAACUUCCCGUGUUUAUUUACCUAAAUUUAUUUGCUGUGGCUAUGUGCCCGGCAGCCGGGAAGGGUCUUGAAAAAAGUAAAUGCCCAACAGUCAAAAAAUUUUGUAGAAUUUCUGCGAAAUCCCUUUUUCUAAUCGUUUGAAAGUAUUCUAUUUCCAUUUAUAAUUACAUUUGUACCAAGUGAUCAGGAAAACAAGAAUGGCUUCGAAGCUGAGCGGUUGUGGUUUCUUGGGCAUAGAGUAGAUUGAGUGAAUGCCCUUUCAACACUUCAAAUGUCAUGAUAAGCAGUGCGUGACUAAUGGGCACAUUUUCAUCCAGGCAUCAGAGAGAAUUUCAAAGAGCACACUAGAGUCCUAGAAAAACUGUGUUCAGAAACCUUAAUGACUUUAUGAUUAGACAUUGUUUUAUGUCCAUUCUGAGUUGAAACAUAGACUUCUCUUGUUUUCAGGAAUAUGGUGGCUAUUUGGAAUGCAUAACAAUGUCAUCUGCUGUUUAUUGGUGUUUGGGGUUCUGUGUUUUGUGCUAAGCAUCCUGUCAGCCAUUUUUCUGUGUAUUGGAAUGUUUUUAAAACAAACCCAUCCUUAAAACUGUGUUUAGGUGAGUAGCUCAUUAAUCACAGUUGUAAAAAGUAGAGAAUACUCUACUUUCUUAACUGUAUUUCAAUAUUCUAAGUACACAGUAUACAACAUUUUAAAAUGCAUUUGAUAACAGAUCAAAAUUAGGGAAAAAGUAUAAAUAGACUUGGGAAGUUUGGAGAGCACUCAAAAGGCUUGAGUUGCUCUUGGCUGGGCCUCAAGCAACUCUUAAUAACUUAUGCCUCUUUCAUGCUCUCCAACACUUUCCACGUGUUCAAAUAUCUCGACAUACACAUGCUGACACAUCAACUAAUUGUGAAUUGUGAAGCUGGUCCACUUUGACCAGUCAGUUCAUUUCGAGUUGUUGGACCAAAAUGUCCCUUUCCAUUUGACAAAAUUGUUCUGCCCAGUACCACUCUUCUGCAUCCUACUUACAAGAACAAUAACUAAAUGUGCCGUGGCUUGGGUUGGGUAUGUGCAACCCAAAUAUGCUGUUCCAUGGUGCACAUGGAAUUUCUGAAACUUCAAACUGGAAUUUUGUUGAAUAGGAAGCGCUUGAUGUUUAGUGAAAUAUUUUUUAAACUUGUAGUACUUGACUGUGUUCAUUAAUAGUUUUUGUUUGAUCAUCCUCGACCACCAGUAGAUUCAUGUCAAACAGGUCAUUAAAUCCCCUGGGUAAAAUCAAUUUUUGAGCUUUUUUGUGUUUUAGGUUCUAAUUUGACCCAAACGUACAUCCUUAAAAAAUGUUUUUUGAAAAGUUUAAAGUAUGGUUUCUGGAAGCAUUUUUGCACAUACUGGUACUUAAUUAGCCUGCGAAAACAUCCGUUUCUCCUUGCUUCUUGCCACUGGGGACGUUUCGCGAUGAGGAACGUCUGUGACUCAGCGACAGAAAUUCCAUACUGAUGAUGUAAAAUAUGUCCAGAAUCGGGUCAGAAGCGCUGAUUGGUCAACGGAGUAGUUACACAUGUUUUAGCUAUUGUUUACAAAUGACAGACAAUUAAAAGACAAAAGGCCACAAAGGUCAAAUGUAAAUUGAGACGAAUCUCUAACAAAACAGUCAAUAUUUGUGGAAUUUAGUCUUCUCUAGAAAAAGCACUUGAGUUUUGCAGGAGCUCAUUCGUAGAUGAACACAGCACUUUACCGAAAUCGACCAGGAGAAACGUAAAAUUGAACAAAUGUGCUUUUGAAACCCCAUUACUACCAGAUUUAUUUUUUAAACACUGUUUUACAUCAUCAGUAUGGAAUUUCUGUCACUGAGUCGCAGACGUUUCUCCGCGCAAAACAUCCCCAGCAGCAAAGAGCAAGGAGAAAAGGAUGUUUUCGCAGGCUAGCAUUUAAUCACUGAUAAAGAUUAUUAAUUUUCAUUAGGUUAAGACUUCCUAUAACGUCCUGAGAAACGACCACAUUAUGAUUUGGGGGCUGGGUUAAGGUGGGUUGGGUUGAUACAUGUACAUGUAAUGGAGUCACACUGGGGGAGUACCACAAUAAAAGACAGUCUCCAAGUUUUAGAUCUCCUGUGGUUGGCAUUUCUGCAAUAAUGCAGAAGGUCUUAAAGGAAAGGGUGAUGCAGACUUAGUAUUCUUGUUGCCAUGCAGCCCAAUUAGGAUUUAGUUGCUAAUGUGAAAAAUUUAGAUAUGUGUACAUUUUCCCCUUAGUAUUGGGAAAAAUUUCAUGCCCUGCCUUUUUUAAGCUCUUUCGUUUGUCUUCCUCUGCUGUUUUCUUGGUUUAGAAACUCUUAUCAACUAAGUUGUCAUCAUGUUGGCCCAAAUUCUGCGUGAUAUGUAUGUUGACCCAGAGCUACUGGCAGAGCUUCCUGAAGAACAGAAGCAGAUUCUCUUUGUUAAGAUGCGAGAAGAGCAAGUGCGGAGAUGGAGGGAACGGGAAGAUGAGUUAGCAAAGAAAGAAAAACAGAACCCACCAAGACCACGUCUAAAGAAAUGUCAGUACUUUUCAGUGAUCUUGUACCUUAUGUUAAUAAAUAAUAGAUCUUUUCUGCUUUAUAUCAUACUACCAAGUUUAAACAACCCUGAUGGGCGGCAGCCUAGUAGUCAUGCAUGCAGGACAUGUGGAACUGACUGCAGAAACCUAGCAACAGGCUUAGCUUGAUAUGAACUCAACUGGGUAGUUUGGCUUUUUUGUCUUUAUUGUGUCCAGAAAGUUGCAUUAAGCUAGCUUCAGACGGUGUUAUUUGGGAAGAUGUCCUUGGGUGGAUGGGUUAAGAAUGCAUAAAAACCAUAACAAUCAAUAAUUACAUGUAGAUGCAGCCAACUAAAGACAACAUUCUUGGCCUGCACAUAUGAAGAUUUCUUACCCACUGGGCCUCAAUGUCUGGAUGUCCUAGUUUUAGUGGGCCUUAAAUUACACUGCAGUAACUAGUUUUACUGUGAAAUUAAUAGUAGUGGAACUACGGAUAAUAAUAUCAUAACUCUUUUACUCUUCACAGCAAAUGCAAAGAGUGUAAGUUAUCUGAUUGCUGCUGAUGGAAAUCCUUGGGUUUGGGUGUUGGGGGAAGGAGAUGACAAGCCAGAUUCUUUUGAGAUUUUCAGAAGUAAGUGGACCAGCUCUCUUGUUAAUGUCUUGUAAGUUAGAGAAUUCAAAACUCAACCAUGAUUGUAUGUUGUGAUGCAUCCAGUUUUUAUUAUUGGGUGUUGGUAGACCUGCCUUAAGUAACUUGACACAGGGACUCUGAGACAUGGAGGGCUGCGUGCACCAAAAUGAAAUAAUACUUCUAGAGCCAUGAAAUUGAAAAGACUUAUCUUCUACUACAAAAAUAAAUCUAACUGAUUUCAGUUGUACUUUGUACUUAUUAGUGAUUGGCUUACAGAGAAUGUAAACUGGCAAAACAAAAGUAAAUUUAAAUAAACUAAAGGUGACAGGAUUUAAUUUACUUUUAAUUUCAAGCGUUGUGUGUACCUUUAAAGUAAAGGUUGUUAAUAAUGAGAAGAAAAAUUCCAUAAUUAGGCUCUGCAUAGUGUAUCAAUACAAGAGCUCUGUUAGCCAUUCAGAAGUUGUAGCUGAGACUGGGUUGGUAUAAUAUUGCACUUUUGUAAGCCAAUUCACCAUUUUCACAUUAACCUUAACGCACCUUUGUUGUGUACCCCCAAAACUUUGCAUAAGCAUUGUCUUCAAUUUCUCUUGUGAUGACUGUAGUACCCAGGAGAAAUUAGAAACAAUGGUUUAUGCAACAUGUUGGGGGGUGGGGAACAAACUGAAGUAUAGGCAAUGUGAAAAUGAUGCGUAGAAAAAGGGGUCAAUUGCAUUCCUGAGUACAAUUAUUAAACAAACAGACCCAGUCUUAUACAUGACCUCAAAAUGGCCGAUUAAGUUCCAGCGUCCAGGGGUACUUACCAUUACAUGGGAAAACAGGAAAUUCCGCGUGGAAAAUCAAAUUAAUGGUUCACGUCCUUCCCUUCGGAGAACUUCAGAAGACAAGGGCUACGAUUUUAGGGGAUGAAAUUUUUCUGCUCUUUUUAGUCUGUUCAGCUGAUAUACAUUGUUGCCGGUCUUUCUUUCCCCAUGUCAAAUUUUAUAGUUUUAUGUUUAUGCACAAGAUUUCCACCCGGGUGGUUUGUAUAAAUGGUUAGCACACCCCAGGUUUCCCACUUACACAGUGUAGUUGGGUCACCUGUUGUUUCACAAUAUUGAAUUCUCCUUUCUGCUUCCUAUGCAUUUAUUGUGCCUUUUUGAGGGAAUUCAUUGAAGGAAGUUAUUAUUCAUUCAAAAUAUUUCCCCGAUUCUGACUGGCUAAAAGCACACAGAUAAUUCACCGUCAUCAGCUAAACGAACCGAUGACGUCGAAAGUGCAGCCUUUUUGCAGGUUAAUGCGCCAUUAACUGAGAAGACCUGGGGAUGAGGUUGAUAAUUUGUUUUGGUUGUGAAAACAAAAAUGGCGGAAAUUUCACUAGUUUCAAGAGUAAGAACGAGGGGAAAUCAAAUCAAAUCAAAUCAAAUCAAAUCAAUUUUACUUAAGCUCGAUAGCGUGAGGAGUAGUUGCCCAAUCUCCCGAGCCAGGGUCUCAUAUAUUAAACGCUCGAGCAUUCCGGAUCGAAUUGGAAUUUAGAAAUGUUGGUUUUUGUGGAGAGGGGAAAACCGGAGUACCCGGAGAAAAACCUCUCGGGGCCGAGAAGAGAACCAACAACAAACUCAACCCACAUAUGACGUCUAGUCCAGGAAUCGAACCCGGGCCACACUGGUGGAAGGCGAGUGCUCUCACCACUGUGCCAUCCCUGCUCCCCCAAGUAAUAGCUAAAAACAUGGGAAGAGCAGCAAGAAGACAACUUGAAGGGCGACAUCUGCUAUUUGGAGAAUAUUUGUGGAGCCGAACAACCCUAAACGUGCACUAUUGAAGAUGAACUUAACGUAGAUGAAAGUAAGGAUGUUUUAGCUAAGUUUUUAAACUAGGAAUUAUUUUGAAUGUCUGAAUAACAAAACAAUUAUUGAUUUCGGCUUUUGUAUCAUAUGAAGAAUUAUGGAGAUCUUGGAGGGUGUUAUCUACCUCGGCCUACGGCCUCGAUGGAUAACACCCUCCUCGAUCUCCAUAAUUCUUCAUAAGAUACUCGGCCUCAUUCAUUAAUUGUUUAAAUCAGGCUGGGUAAUCAUGUUUGUAACUGUCCUGACCUGUAAUAAUGAUCAAGCAUUGAUAUUACAGAGACAAAAGGAAAAAGGUAAAGCAAAGGCAUCCAUUUGUAGAAGAGUUGAUGCUGAUAUAAAGCUGUUAUUUUGUAGAAAAAGAGAAAGAAGCUGAAGAAGAGGAUGAAAAGAGAGCGAAAGAACUCGCUCAUAAAGAAAUUGAAGAAAUGAAAAGAAAAGAGCUGGAGAGAUUGGAGGAAGAGAAACAGUGGAAAGAAGAGCAGGAAAGAUUAGCAAAGGAAGCAGCAGCCAGGGAAGCUGAACGCAAACGAUUGGAAGAGGUAAGCGACAAAAGUUCUUUAUAGGUGGUAGAGAGUUUUAACAUGCAUCAGUGACGACUAUGAGUUCCUGGCGACAUUUUCUCAUUCUUGUACUCAAUGUCGUAGUUGAAAAUUGCUGGUAGAGCAUGCAACAACAAGAACCACAGUUUAUUGAAUUUGCAAGUAAUUUAGGAUUAUGUUACUCACAAUCAGUGGAGCCAUUCUAGGUGGGCAACAAUACAAUAAUUGUCUCCUAUAAAUAAGUGCAAAGUUCAAGGUUCAAAAGUCGGGAAAAAAGGAAGAGGAAGUAAAUAAAGAAAAAGCAAAAAUAAAAUGAAAUAAAUAGAUAAAUAACUCAGUACAAGUAGUAAAUGGUAAAACUAUGACAAUUUCGAUACUAAAUAAAACUAUGGGUAUAAGGAAGGAGAACACUUUAACUGAAUAAGUAGUUCAUGUAGGAACUGGUAAUGGUAUUCAUAUCAACAAACACCUCCUCAGUCUCCAAAACUUUGACCAGUAACUUAUAUAGUUUACGCUGUUCACGUAACGCAAGAGGGAUUUUGUUCCAAAUGCUACACCACUUCUAAAAAAAAAGAUAAUAAUCUAGUUAGAUCUCUGGACAUGAAAAUUAUCUGCAGCAGAAAAUCUGGUAUAAUGAGAGUGGAUCUGAUUAGAAGGGAAAGGCAAUUCAGAAAUUUUAGAAGGAGCCCGCGAUUAUUGAAAACAUCGUGCAUUAGGAGAGCCGAAUAUUUAAAGUGCAGCAUAUUCAGGGGCAAGACACCAGAACUGACGAACAGAGGAAUGGCAUAAGCUCUGCUGUCAGAAAAGAAUUUUGUUCAGAUUUUAAUUGGCAGCUUGUCUGUCCCUUUGCAGUUAGUCCAUGAGAAAUGUGCGGCUCAAUUUAGGAACGAUAAAGCUUUAAGAGAGUACUGGUAGGCACAAAAUGCCUAAGCCUGGCAAUGAUGCCUACCCCUAAAUAUAGUCUAUGUGGUACCUCCAAGGGAGGUGACUAUGCAUCAGAACAGCGAGGUAUUUCACAUAAUGUGUUUAUUAAAAAAAAGUCAUCAUCUUCAAGUCAUGCAAAUCAUACACGUGAGGUUUUCGCCGUCAAACCACCCUAAAAUCGCACUGUAGACUGUUCAAAACUUGACAUAACCACCAUUUUUUUUAUGUUCUUUCAAUUCCUGGUAUUUUUAGUGUUGUAGCUCAUUAUCUAUCCUACCAUAACCUAUCGGGUCAAAUGACCUAUUGGAUUUGCAUGAGAUACAGCUGUAGGUCAUUUGACCUAAAUUACUAAAGCGUAAUUGCAUGUUGAUGUUAUUCUAGGAAGCACGAAUUGCUGCUCAAAAAGCCGAAGAGCUACGAAAAGAGGAAGAAAAGAAGCGAAAAGAAGAAGAGCGACGACAAAGAGAGGAAGAACAGCGUAAGAGAGAUGAGGAAAAACGGAGAAUGGAAGAAGAAAGAAAACGCCGUGAGGAAGAAGAGAAAAAAAUCCAAGCUGAGCUAGCGCAGAAGCGCAAAGCAAUCGAGGAGAAGCGGAAGGCAGAUGAAGAAAAGAAAAGAUUAGAAGAGGAGAAAAGAAAAGCUGGAGAAGAACUUGCUCGAAAAAAAGCGGAGGAAGCAAGAAGGAAAGCUGAAGAAGAGAGGAAAGCGAAAGAAAAAGCGUUGGAAGAAGCAAGAAGAAAAAAAGCAGAACAGGUGAUGUCAUUUGUGUAAAAGAAAGUUAGUAUCGAAUAGAAAGAAUGUACAAUAUCCGGUUAGUUAGAUAAAGUUUACGCAGGUUGAAACGCUUGCUGGAAAUGUGAAAGGAACGAUACGAUUGCAGCAGAGAGCAGAAUAGCUGUAUAUUGUAUGAGAGAAACUAGUAUGAUCUAGGAAAGAUUUUAAGAUUAACCUUUUGAUCAGAUCGAAGGAAUGCAAGGUGAAAUCUGGUUUCCACGCGUCCUAAGUAAAGUUCAUUAGUUCCUAUAUGGAACCAGGGCUAGGUUGCGUAAAACCUCUUAAGAUAAGAGGACUCUUAACUUUUGUUCUGAAACAAUAACCUAUUUAUUUGAAAUAAUAUUUACGAGUUCCGUUAAUCUUAAAAUGUUUUUUUGCAACCCUACCCAGGCUCUCAAAACAAAAUUGAAACUCUCCAAAGGAUUCUUCCUUUUGCGUGACGGCAUAUCUUUAGAAAUGUUUUUUUUCUUUUUUUUGGUUGUAAUUGAGAAUUUAUUGUACGGCAUAAAACAACCUAGGGUAAGUUGCAAUGUCGUUGACCAACCUUUUGGCAUGCUUUACAGACACCUUUCUGGGUUGACCUCUUGGUGCGGUGGUCUGACGAUUGUCCGUGUUAGAGAGAGUGAUAUCCCUGAGAUUUAAAACUUAAGAUUAAUUCCAGAAUCAUUUUGUCAAAACACAAAGUGGAGAAGAGAGUAGCUAGCGCCUUUAAGAAGUUCUAAUAUUAGGAUUUUAUAUGGCUUAGUGUAUCUGCACAUAAUUUGGCCCCUCUUAGGCUAGAUUUUACAUGUACGCACAAAAUUGACCGUGGAAGCCAUAGUGCACAUUGAAAAGGCAAGACAAUUUUUCACUUCUAAUAACUAACUAACUAGAUGAUAACAAUUACUUAAUUAAUCUUUAAUGAAGAGGGCCGCAUCACAUAGUGGUUUACAAAUACUACGAAUAAGAAUCCAAAUUUGCGUGCAGAGAAAUCAAGGUGUUAAUUUGUAGUCAAUAAGUUUGAUAUAUUAUGUAGGAGGCCAUUGAAAAGGCACGGCAACUGGAAGAAGAGAAACGAAGAGUCGAAGAACAGCAAAAAGAGGCAGAAAGAAAACAGAAAGAAGUUAUAGCACGCUUACAGCAAAGGAAAGCAGAGAAAGAACGUCGAGAAAAAGAACUCUUGGAGAACGAAACCAAACGGGCGCAAGAGAUUUACAUGAGCUUGAGAAAGGUUCGUGAAGAGAUUAAACAGAAGGAAGAGGAUGAGAGGAAAAAAGAGGAGCAAGCGUGGAUUCUUCAGGAGGAGAAAGCGAAGGAAGAAGAACAACGAAGGCGCAGCUCGGUCAGUCUUGCGCGUAAGGAGGUGGCAAGAGAGCGAGAGGAAGCCAAGAGGUGGUCCACCAUAUUGGUUGAAAAGGGGAUGGUAUCCGCGCCAGGGGAGAGGAGACAAACAUGGAGUAUAAAACCACAGAGACCACCACCACCCAUCCCACCCAGGUAAAUACUGUAGAAAGCCUCAUUCCCCUGGGUUAAUGCUGUAAACUUUCCCACGCCCAUUCCCUUUCCCAUUCCCAAAGCACACCCCACCCCUCCUGCUGGAAAGCACCCAAAGGUGAUCGUGAUAACUCCAAUCCUCAAUGGCCUUGUGGCCUUGCCUGGUAAAUUACUUACAACGUCGUGCUUCAAGAAAAAAAUCUUGAAAACGGGAGUGACAUUUUUGCGAAAGGUCACCAUAACUAUUUAGGGAGACCGUCAUUUGUCUGUGGCAGAAAUCUGUGAAACACUUUAAGAAGUAUUUUAUAGAAAACCAGCUGAACAAAAAAUAAUCAGAGUAGAUAAAGUUUUCAGCGAAAGAAGCGAACAUAUACAUGCGUGUACCAAUGUUUGACUUAACAGAAGCCAACGUGGUAUGAUUAUUUUGUUUUUGUACAGAUAGUUCGCCCUUCUCAAAAAAGUCUCUCUUUUGAAGCACAGUAACUCUAAGUUCCGUUCUCAUUUUGUUUGUUUUGCAAUCACCAGACCUGGAGACAAAACUUCGGAGGCUCCACCCAGACCACCACCUCCCGGCACCAGCCCAAUGAGGCCCAGAAGGAGUGUCAAGCCUAAAAACCGAAAGAAUGUUAUCGAUUGGUUUCAACAAGAAGAGCUCUCCAAGAGAAUUUGCUAUGAUGGAGAUAAAAUAUUGCCCUAUUUUCACGGUGAGAGCCAACGUUAGUUAAAGAAUUAGUAAAACAAUGGUUUGACGAUUGAAGUAACGAGAAUAAUAAUCCUUUUGAUUCAAAAGAAGAGGGACUCGGGCUUUUUAAGGUGCCUACGUAAGAGGCAGCAGGAACGAAAACCCAAGAUGAAGUCUAAACUUGGAUAAUAAAGUACCGUAGUCCUUUGCUCGAGCUAAUAAAUGCGAAAAGUGAAGGACAUGUGCGUUAUUGGAUUUGUAUAUGCGAAACUGUUAGCUUUGGGAAGUUAACGUAACUUUUCUUUUCAGGUAUAAUCUCUCGACAAGAUGCUGAAAAUUUACUUGUAAACAAGCCUCCUGGAUCGUUUUUGGUUCGUGUGAGUGAGCGUGUGUGGGGAUACACCAUAACAUACCGAGCUCCUGAGCGCUGCAAACAUUACCUUGUUGAUACCAGUGAGAACACUUACCAGUUUUUUGGUCAUAAUCAAAUUGCACACCAGACGCUCAAAGAGUUAAUUGAAUUUCAUAAAAUGAGGCCAAUCUCAGGGCUUGGACAAGAACUGCUAAAAAUUCCAUGCGGUCAGGAAUGCGAUCCACCUGAUUAUCAAGAGUUAAUCACUUCUGUAGAAAGUGAAGACUCCUUUUCUACAAAGCUUUAAUAAUAAAUGGCGCCGAAGAUUUCUAUGAAAGCUAAGUGAGUACAGAUUAGUGUAGAAGACGGUUAGUGUUAGAGGUAUGAAACAUUGGUUAACGUCCCAUCACGUCUGGGCCUGGUCGAAUACUGCUUUUAAAACAAGGGACAAUGUAGGAGUGGCUGUUCUGUUAUGAAGCAAAGCUAAUUUUCGGUUUUAGCAAUCAUUUAAAAUCAGCCAAAGUCAAAUUUUUGGGUAGGAAGAAUUAACAAGAUAUGAUAUUUUUUGAUUCGAAGUUUCUUAGAGUUACCUUAUUUACUGGAUGCCUAUAGUCCCUGUAGGGCGUUUUCCCAGGUUCUCUCGGUCAAUUCACUUUGGCGACGUAUCCGAGGUAGACUGCAAAACAGUUCGUAUUUUUGCGUAUUCAAGUAUGCGCGAGUAGUUAAACAAAAAAUCUGGAACGCGGCUGAAAACUGAGAGCUUCGCGCGCGUAAGACUCUUACGCCACGCUUUACCGAUUUCUUUACUGAUUUUGAGAAAAAAACCCACUGUUUUGCAGUCUAUAUCCGAGGCGAACGGGCGGGAAACACAUCUUUGCUUGGACCACGUGACCCGAAACGUUUUGGCCCACGAAAUAAUGAGGCCUAGGGACUAGGCAAACCGAAGUGAAUUGACCGAGAGGGACUGAGAAAACGCCGUACAGGGACUAGGCAACGAGUAAAUAAGGUAACCCUUAGAAACUUUGAGUCAAAAACGAUCACAAAAUUCUUCACAUCUUCGCUUGGAUUACGUGACCCGAAACGCUUUGGCCGCACGAAAUAACGAGGCCUAGGGACUAGGCAAAUUUCCUCCAAUCGAAUAAGCAAGUUAAGCCUCACGCCUCAGUGUGAUGCUUAUAGGGCCACGUUUAUUUGAAAGUUUGACGCGACAAAGAAUUGUUUAAGCUACGGUAUUAUUAUACUAACAGAAUUAACGUCUUUUGAUUUUUAUAAAUUCCAGGGCGUUUACUUAACUUUUUUAUCCUAAAUCACCAAAUGCGGUGCUUAAUUGGGGGCGGCUCUUAUUCGAGUAAAUAACGACUUAAGCGUGCUUUGAAUUGGUUUACUCAGCCUUGGUCACGCCCUAUCAAAAUUAGUCCGUUUGGUUUGUCCUAAGAAAUCAAGUAAUAUUUUUUCAAGGAAAAAAAAAUGAGACAGAUGAAGGUAAGGCUAGUUUUAUACAAGGUUUUUACGAUAAGAGUAAGUAGCAUGAAAACGUCUGCCAGACAUGUUUAAGAUAAAAUCCAUUUCUAACCUGAUAUCGUGUGUUAGUAGCCGAGCGAUAAUCUACGCGCAAGCUCUCCGGCACGCUCCAGGGUGGGGUUGGGUGACGCCUAUCAGUAUUCAGUCUGUGAAUUUUUGUCUCCCUGCAGGAAAGGGCGGCUGUUUUUUUUUUUAUCACUGGUAGCAUUCACAAGCCACAUAGCCCAAGAA